AUGGGUCGUAGAGUCGUCUCCGGCGGCUGUCACCUGGCAGAGCGGAAAAACGGCGACUUUGCGGCUCUCCGGCGGCUGUCACCCGACGAAGAGGAGCUGGAUGGAGGUGGGGCGCGUGUCAGGGAGCUUCAUCCUCAGGUCCGCGCAGCAAGAGGAGGCUCUUCAUCGCAUCUCGUAUGCUCUCAGGAGGUGGCGACUCGUCUCCUGGCGGAUCGUCCUCUUCCCGACGACGGCUUGUUCGUCGAUCAAUCGGAGAUCAUUUACUCGAUGGAUUCGCGAUCCUUUUAUCGCGAAUCGUUCAGCAAUUUUAGUAGCAAUACUCCGUGAAUCGCGUUGACGGGAUUUUCGCCGAUGAUCCAGCGAUUCUGGUUGCUUAAUCCUUCACUGGCGAUCUGCAAGAAAGUCGCGAUAAUUAGAUAAAAAGAUAUGAAUUUUGACUCUAGGAGGAUUCGAACCCGCGCCGGUCGCCCGCCUGUGAGGAAGGUGUGACGCGGGUUUAGUCCCACAUCGGUUGUGCGCCGAUUUUUCAGGCGAAUAUAUAGUAAUGUUAGCUUCGGAAGCAAAGUCACUUCUCUCGCGUGUACGACCACUCCUUGCCCCACAGCCGUCUGGCCACUGGUGACGUGGAAGGGGAGUGGCGCACAUGUGCCCCUAUCGGUCCAAGCUAAGCCGCUCGAGUCCCUGCUCGCGGCUACUCCCGACUGCGCUUCCGACCCGCUUGCGGGCCCGGCUGGCCGGCGGGUCCCCCCAUUUUGUAAUAUUUUUAUUUUUAUUUCUUGUUCUUCAUUUAUCUCAAAAGUAAGACUGUAAAAAUCAUAUAAAAUCACAUAAUUACCCAAAAAUUCACGUUAAUCAACUGAAAACCACUUUUCACACUUUAACACAAAUAUAAGUCUAUUUAUCAUGAGUUAAGGCUAAAACUAUAUUAUUUACUAAUUAUUAACUCAUGAUAAUGAAGACUUAUCACACCCCCCAACUUAAAUCAUUGCUAGUCCCUUAGCAAUGGAAUUACGAAAAUAAAAAUUUACAAAUUUCAAACAUCAUAUUUCAAUACAAAAAAAAUAAAAAUACAAUUAGAAAUGAUGCACCUUUAGACACUUUGGACUCUUAUAUCAAGUCUUUAAGAAUAAUGUCAAGCACUUAAAUGUUUAAACACUCCUUGGAAUAACAAUCUAGACUUCACUUCUUCUAUUCACAUCUUUAUCACUUCUUCACUCAUAGAUGUAUUUACAAGAUGUUCCAAUUAUCAAUACUCAUCCAAGAAUAAUAUUGAUCCUACAUUUCCCUUUUUCUAUGGCUUGAUUUUUGAAGUUUGCACUAUAUUUCUUCUUUCUCUUUUUUUUUUUAUAUAUAUAUAGUGGAUAAGUAGCUUUUCCUGUAGACAAAUUUCGACAAUAAGAAUGAUGUCUCACACCCUCCAUGUGUACUCUUCAUUUUCAGGGCUUUCACUUUAUCCACUUAUUUUGCAGCAAGUGUUUUUCUAUACACAAUUUUCGACAAUGAGAAUGAUGUCUCACACCCUCUAUGUGUACUCUUCGUUUCUAGAUUUUUCACAUUGCUCUCUCUCUUUUUUUUUCGAAAUAAGUGAUUUCUCCUCACAAGUCCUAUAGAUCAGGGUGCAAAAAUCUCCAUUAAACUCAAAUAAUCAAUCAAAUUUUCACAUCAAGUAAAUAUUAUCCAUCAAGAUCAUGAAGUGAAAAUCUGUAAAAUCAAAUCCAUGUUAUCUAUCAUGUAUCCAAGGAGUAUUCCAACAUUUCAUGCUACUAGAUCAUUCUUUUGACUCAAUAAUAAUCUUCCUAGUAUCUUUUGGUAUCAAUCAAUCUAAUUGAUUUAAUUUUUCAUGCAUGCAAUAUCAUGUAAAAGAUUUGUAAAUUAGAUAGUUCUGACAGUUCUGUUUUCUAUUUUCAGUUCUAUUUUUAGCAGCAAUAAAUUUGUCAAAAAUAAAUCAAAAUUAUCCUCUGUAUAGCUGUAAUUUCGAAUUUCAGUAAUAUAUAUCUAGGGGAUUGAAAUGUGAGAAAAGGGUCUUCUAGAAUUUCAAAUUUCGGGCUGUUUUUUGUCUGCUGUUUUUGACAGUCUGUUGUUUCUGACAGAAAACCAGAAAAUAGAUGUUGCAAUUUUUCCGAAUUCAGCGAUCUUUUCUUUUUUUUUUUUAGUUGUUGUUCUAAGUUGAAUAAAAUGCAAACACAUGUUCUUAAUCGUCCUACAGCAUAAAUUAAUAAUGAAUACUUCACCCCCCAACUUAAAAAUGACAUUGUCCUCAAUGACAUAGAAAAAUCGAAACAGAAUAUGUAGAAAAUAUAAUUUUCAAGUGAAGCAUGCAUAUAUGCAAAGUUUAGCAUUAAAAAUGUUGUCAUAAAUGAUAAAGCUCCGAAAGACAUCACCUCAACCUCGUUUUUAAUUUUCACUUCGUCUUACACGCCUCCUCCUGCACUUUUUCGAAAAAACAAAUACAGAAACAAGUACUGCGAAAUUCUAAGAAAAAGAGAACUAAAAAAAAAAAAUUUAAACAAAAUGAAAUAAAAACCAUGGGUUGCCUCCCAUGCAGCGCUGAAUUUAAUCUCUUCAGCUGGACAGCUCUUAGAUCAUAUAAGAUGAUCUAUGGCCAUCAAAAUAUAUUUGUAUCCCAAGGUAAGUUUCAUGAUAUUCUUUUUCAGAUUUAGCAUAAAUUCAUAUACUUCAUCUAUAUACCUUGACAUACUUUCAGCCAAAACAAGAUGGAAAUUAACAAAAUUUUCCCAAAAAUAAUAUUUCCAUUUUGAAAAGAAUCUUUCAUCAUUUCUAUCUUGUUUUGUAAGGCUCUCAUUCAUUAAUAAAUACUUCCUAUUAAUAGACCAUAAAAUGUGAUCAGGCCAUAUAAUUUUCGAAUUAGCUCUUACCCAAUCUAAAUUUUUUUCAUCUAAAUUGAUAUCUCUAAUUCUUCCACUCACCCAUUUCUUAAUGUCUUCUUUUAUUUGCAUAAUCUUCCCCUGCUCUAUUUUAUCUUCCAUACAUAUUUGUUCAAUUUGUGAGGAGUGAAAUAUUUAAAGCUUAGAAGUAAUUCGAAUGGGCUGUGGGUUUUGAAGGAUGGAAGGAUUGUCUUCUUUAAUCUCAGAUCUAAUGAAUUCAGUAAAAUUCAAAUUUUCUCCUCCAAAAUUAUCUCUAUAUUCAUAUUCAUUAUUUUUGUUUCUCCCCAUUAGUUGAAUCAACUCUUUUUCUAGCUUUUCGUUUCUCAACUCAUCAAAUUCUUCAUCUUCCCAAUAGCUAUCUUUUAAUUUCGAUAUAUGAUAUACAUCAUCCUCCUCACUAUCAACAUCCAUGGCUGCAAAAUUAUGAUUAGAUUUAUUAAUUUUGUCUCCUAUAUCAACUGAUUUUUCCUCACCUGAAAUAUGUUUUUCUUCAUUUCUGUCCAUACUCCCUUCUACUAAAAUUGGAUGAUUUUUCCAUGAUCAGCUGCUGUUUAUUCAUCUAAGGGCUCUUUCUCCUCAUCAUCCUCACUAUAUUCAUUCAUCAAUUGUGAGCAAUAAAUUAUUUUAUUCAAAUUUUCUGCUACUAUAUUUUCGGCAUUAAUAUUCUCAUUUACUUCUAAUGGCUCAUCGAUUUCUUCUAAUAAUUGGAAAUAAGGAUCAGGUAAAAUAUUCUCACUCAAUGUAUUCACUGACCUAACAUUUUCAUUUCAUGGGUUUUUUUCUAAAUUUAUCCAGCUAGACUCUCCUUGCUGAAAUCUUACUAUUCUUGAAUUUUCUAUGGGCGGACUAGGUGGCUAUCCCUCUUCUCUCUUAUUCCCAAGAGUCUCUAUAAUUUGUUUCUGGUGCAGCAUCAUUUGGUUCAUAGUUUGUUGCAUCAUUUGGCUCAUUUGCUGCAUCAUUUCUAUAGUAUCAUGUUGGGUUUGAGAGGGCUGAUUUUUUUGAAAUCUGUUUUCUUAUUUUGGACGAAAUUCAGAGUUUGAAUUGGAUCUAAGUGCUUCUGGAUUUUGAAUAUUAUUUGGGUUUCUCCACGAAAAAUUAUUCCCCCAAUUAGGAUUAUAAGAAUUAGAAAAAUAUUCCCUAUUUUUACUAAAAUCGUGGGGUACUGCACUUGUUCUUGCCUAGGAUGAUAUUGAAAUUCGAAAUGAUCAUUUUCACCAUACAUAGGAUAUGUACUAUUUGAAUUAAAUUGAGGGUUAAGAGGCUUUCUAAUAUUGUCAAUAAGAAAAUCAAGUUUUUCUAAUCUUUGAUUAAUCUUAUUAACCUCAUUUCUAAAUUUAGAUUCAUUAUCAUGAUGCAAUUCAUGAAUUCCUCUCUUCUUAUCCCUGUCAUAUAAUUCAAAAGAGGCUUGAUCUCUAGAAUUUUCACUUAAAUUCUCAUAAAGAUUGUAAAUCUCAUCAGGGGUUUUCUCCAUAAAAGCUCCUCCACAUAUAGAAUCAACCAUAUUUCUAUGUUGUUCUAAUAAUCCAUCAUAAAAAAUUCUAUUGAGCUGCCACUUGGGUAUAACAUGCUGAGGACAUUUUCUAAGUAAAUCUUUGAAUGUUUCCCAUGUCUCAUGUAAAGUUUCUCCUGGUCUUUGAGAAAAAUUCUAUAUAUGUUUUCUCAUAUUUUGAGUUUUUCCUAAGAGAUAAAAUUUUCGAAGAAAUGCCUAUUCUAUGUCUUUCCAGCUAGUUAAUUCUCUAUCUAAUGUGGAUAGCCAAUGGCUAGCUUUGUCCCUAAGUGUAUGAGGGAACAAUUUCAUCUUAAUAAUUUCCGGUGUAACUUGAGGGAGAUUAACUAAAUCACAGACUAUAUGAAAUUUUUCUAAGUGCUGAUGAGGUUCUUCUAAAGGCAAUCCAUGAAAAUUAGGGAGCAUUUGAAAAAUUCCUGGAUUUAUUUCGAAUUUAACAUUGGGUGCUAAUGGGACUCUAAUAUUGGAUGCUCUUUGAAAUGAAUCAGGGAUAUAAUAAUUUUUCAUGGCCAUAAGAUUUUUCUCAGUUUGACUUGUACUUUCUUCAAGAUCUAUCAAAAUUAAUUUUUCUUUCGGAUUUUUAGUUUUGAAUGAAAUAAUGAAAGGAUUUUCUAGCCUUGGAUGCAAGGAUCUUCUACCAUGCAUAAAAUCAAUAAAUUCGAGGGAAAAAUUUAGUAAUUGUUACCCUCCUUCAGGAUGCUCCAGUCCUUGCCUUGCUUCUUUUCGUUCCCUAAAAAAAAAUCGGCAAAAAGAAAAUAAAACAAGAGUUAAAUUUUUUUUGUGUACUCUAAGAGAAAAAUAGAAAAAUACUAAAUAUUAUGCAAUACAUCCCCGGCAACGGCGCCAAAAUUUGACGUGACUCAGUCGUUGUAUAUUAAAUCACGCAAAUAUAAAAUUUAUAAAACUAGAAAAUACGAAUUUUCAGAUAUUUAGGAGUAUUUCUGAAUAAAUAUAUCAAUUAUAAUUCAAUAAAAAUCCAAAAAUAGCGGUAAUUUUCCAGGUCGAUCCAGGGAUGUAAUAUAAUAUCUGGUAAUUAUUCAGAAUUGUUCUCAAUGAAUACAAUUUUCUAUGAAUUUUAUACUAGAAAAUAAAAAGGAAAUAUAUUUAAAAUUCACGAAAAAGGGAAAUAAGGGUGCGGGCGUCAGGAUGACGUCAGCAUCCGGCGAACGCGAAUCGGGUGGAAAUAGAGUUCCGCCCGGUGAUUCUUACGUAAGCGAUUACAGACGAUUUAAUUAAUCAAAUUAAGAUCUAUAAAAGCCGGAAGAAUCGUAAUAGAACAAAGUAUAUUUUGGUAAAUUAAAAUCACAAAAACUAUCACUAAAUGAAGCGUAAAGUAAGUUGAAAGUAGGAAAAUAAAGUUCCGGCGUCGCGACGGCGAUGCGUCGGCGAUGCACCAGAAUCCUGAGCGUUCGGGAGGAUCGUUGUGCAGUGUCCACGGCCUCGAAGGCUCUCCUUGGACAAAGACGACGUGGGCAAUCUCUAGAUCUUCUCGCGAAGUCUAGAGAUCAAUGAAAUAGGUCACUGAGUCGUCUCCGGCGGCUGUCACCCGGCGGAGCGGAAAAACGGCGACUUUGCGGCUCUCCGGUGGCUGUCAGCCAACGAAGAGGAGCUGGAUGGAGGUGGGGCGCGUGUCAAGGAGCUUCAUCCUCAGGUCCGCACAGCAAGAGGAGGCUCUUCAUCGCAUCUGGUACGCUCUCAGGAGGUGGCGACUCGUCUCCCGGCAGAUCGUCCUCUUCCCGACGACGGCUUAUUCGUCGAUCAAUCGGAGAUCAUUUACUCGAUGGAUUCGCGAUCCUUUUAUCGCGAAUCGUUCAGCAAUUUUAGUAGCAAUGCUCCGUGAAUCGCGUUGACAGGAUUUUCGCCGAUGAUCCAGUGAUUCUGGUUGCUUAAUCCUUCACCGGCGAUCUGCAAGAAAGUCGCGAUAAUCAAAUAAAAAGAUAUAAAUUUUGACUCUGGGAGGAUUCGAACCCGCGCCGGUCGCCCGCCUGUGAGGAAGGUGUGACGCGGGUUUAGUCCCACAUCGGUUGUGCGCCGAUUUUUCAGGCGAAUAUAUAGUAAUGUUAGCUUCGGAAGCAAAGUCACUUCUCUCGCGUGUACGACCACUCCUUGCCCCACAGCCGGCUGGCCACCAGUGACGUGGAAGGGGAGUGGUGCACAUGUGCCCCUAUUGGUCCAAGCUAAGCCGCUCGAGUCCCUGCUCGCGGCUACUCCCGACUGCGCUUCCGACCCGCUUGCGGGCCCGGCUGGCCGGCGGGUCCCCCCAUUUUGCAAUAUUUUUAUUUUUAUUUCUUGUUCUUCAUUUAUCUCAAAAGUAAGACUGUAAAAAUCGUAUAAAAUCACAUAAUUACCCAAAAAUUCACGUUAAUCAACUGAAAACCACUUUUCACACUUUAACACAAAUAUAAGUCUAUUUAUCAUGAGUUAAGGCUAAAACUAUAUUAUUUACUAAUUAUUAACUCAUGAUAAUGAAGACUUAUCAAUCAUCGUGUAGUGUCUACGGCCUCGAAGGCUCUCCUUGGACAAGGACGACGUGGGCAAUCUCUAGAUCUUCUCGCGAAGUCUAGAGAUUAAUGAAAUUGGUCGUCGAAUUGUCUCUGGCGGCUGUCACCCGGCGGAGCGGAAAAACGGCGACUUUGCAGCUCUCUGGCGGCUGUCACCCGAUGGAGAGGAGCUGGAUGGAGGUGGGGCGCAUGUUAGGGAGCUUCAUCCUCAGGUCCACGCAGCAAGAGGAGGCUCUUCAUUGCAUCUGGUACGCUCUCAGGAGGUGACGACUCGUCUCCCGACGGAUCGUCCUCUUCCCGACGACGGCUUGUUCGUCGAUCAAUCAGAGAUGAUUUACUCGAUGGAUUCGCGAUCCUUUUAUCGCGAAUCAUUCAGCAAUUUUAGUAGCAAUGCUUUGGAAAUCACGUUGAUGAGAUUUUUGCCGAUGAUCCAACGAUUCUCGUUGCUUAAUCCUUCACUAGCGAUCUGCAGGAAAGUCGCAAUAAUCAGAUAAAAAUAUAUGAAUUUUGACUCUGGGAGGAUUCAAACCCGUGCUGGUUGUCCGGCCCUUCUGAGGAAGGUGUGACGCAGGUUUAGUCCCACAUCGGUUGUGCGCCGAUUUUUCGGGCGAAUAUAUAGUAAUGUUAGCUUUCUAAGCAAAGUUCCUUCUCUCGCGUGUACGACCACUCCUUGCCCCACAGCCGGCUGGCCACUAGUGACGUGGAAGGGGAGUGGCGCACACGUGCCCCCAUCGGUCCAAGCUGCUCAAGCCCUUGCUCGCGGCUACUCCCUGAUUGAGCUUCCGACUUGCUUGCGGGCCCAGCUGGCCAACGGGUCCCCCAUUUUGCAAUAUUUUUAUUUUUAUUUCUUGUUCUUUAUUUAGCUCAAAAGUAAGACUGUAAAAAUCGUAUAAAAUCACAUAAUUACCAAAAAAUUCACGUUAAUCAACUGAAAAUCACUUUUCACACUUUAACAGAAAUAUAAGUCUAUUUAUCAUGAGUUAAGACUAAAACUAUAUUAUUUACUAAUUAUUAACUCAUGAUAAUGAAGACUUAUCAGUUAUCUUACUCAUAUCUUCGUCUCAAAAAAUUUCAUUAUAAGGUUUUAUCAAAGUUCAUAGUGUACUUCAACUAAUAUAAUUUUAAUUAGGGGACAGCACAUUGUAAAGUUUAUAGGGAAGAGGGCUCAUGGGAAAUAAUUCAUAUGCAAGAUAUUGUAUGUUUAUGAAUGUGUAUCAUUUGAGGUGGUCUAUGAAAUUGUAAAAAAAUUCUACCUCUAAUCAUAAUGGUAUGGGAGAUAGCUAUUUAAAUUUCUUCUCCAAAUGAUUAAAAUAUUUCUAGUUUCCUGUAGCAAUUUCUCUAAAUCCAUUGUGAGAUUGUUAAUAUGGACUAAAAUGGAACUUUAAUAACUUUAAGUUCCACUAGUGUUGAGGCCAUUUCAUUUGUACGAAUAGACUGAAGCCCAGAUGCAAUUUAUGUAACCUAGGGGUAUACAUUGAAUUUACUUUUAUUUCUCAACAAUUGAACUAGAUUCCAUGUAUCUGUUUCGGGGAUAUAUGGAAAUUAUAAUUCGUAGUUUUCGCAAAUUAUCUUUCAUUAAUGUCCAAUCUAAAAUUUACAAAUCUUCUGCAUAGCAUCAAAUAUGACUAAAUAGAUUCCAAGACCAAGAAAACAACAAAGAUGACAUUAUUUAGACACUUGCUACUAAGUGAACGAGUUUGAAGUCCAAAGUAGCCUACAAAACACCCUAAAACUCUUAGAGGAUUAUGAGUAGCCUCGAAUAACACAUUCCUUGACAUUUUCCCACUACUUCAAGCAUUUCAUGUUUUGUAAAAUAAAACUAAAGUCAAAUAAUGAAGUAGCUACAGUUCCUCUAUGAAUCUCACUCUUUUAUAGAUGGCGUUAAAUUAUUUGUAACUAGGUUGUAUAUUAAAAAGGCAUGGCUCAUUUACUUCUAAAAUAGGUUAGGGAUUAUCUAGUAUGUUAGGCUUUUUGAAAUUUCCAUCAUCUUAAAACUUGCUUCAUUCAUAUACCUAUGUUAAACGUCCAGGAAACUAAUAUAAAAUGCUUUCAAAUGAAUGAAUGCUUAGAGAUGACUUUCAAACUUAGUGUAGGAACUGAAUAAGGGCUAUUCUGUAUGGAAGCCGAAAAGAUUCCUAUGAAAGCACUGAAAAUAGGAUACCUGAGUAGACAAGGGCUUCCAUCCUGACGGGCCUUUUAAUUACUUGAUAAAGGAUACAUAUAGAUCGCAAUUUAAUCGAUCUGGGCAUAGCAGGUAUGUCAGACUGACGUGAGAGAGUGCUGAAAUGGAUCGGAGCUGUUCUCUGCGCAAGGUGGCCAGAGGAUCCCCCGUCAUGUCGGAACUUUUAUUGAUAAGUUCAAACACGCAUUGUAGGGGAUAAUUAAUUCAUCAGCAGGUAACAACUACCCGCAUAAAUGCACCUAAUAAGCUACCAAUCUACAUAAUUGUCCAAUAAAUAAAUAUUCUUUUAACUUGUUGUAAUAUUAAAAAUGGCAGGGUCUGACAGUGACCUGCCAGCCUUAGUGUUUUCUUAACGAACUCUCAGCGGGGUCCCAACCGCAGAGCCGUGUGACGAUGUGUCGAUCGUGGACGAGGAAUCCGCAUCGGAUGAUCGAUGGUUCACGAAGUCGAUGACGGAGGGGAUGGGCGACCCGUUCGGGGCCCAUUCCUCCCGUCGGCUAUCUGCACACAGAACUACCGAACGAGUCUUUAAGAUAUCCUCUACAAACUCCGGUCUGUUACUCUGUCCGUCUCUCUCUACCUACCUCUUAAUUUCUCUCUCUCUCUCCCUCUUCUCGUGUUACGCUGUGGCUCCUGUCGCACGUGUGAACUACCGAGUACCUUCUAUGCUAAACCUCCUGCAUAUCAGCCGGUACGUGAAUAUACAUGCACGUUCUAAGUCCGUCCUAAAUAGCUGCAUCCCUCACUCUGUCACCUGAUCCUUACACCGCACCGCCUGUGAAGUGAAGCUGGGCGACCACAUGGCGCAAGGCUGUUUCUUACUCUGUCCGCUUAUCUGUUUUCACUCUCUCCCCAAAAGAUUUACAGUGUCAAUCCAGAACCACCUUCUCCCUCUCUCCUGGUCCCAAGUCGGAAAGACAUCAGGCCAUCAGCUCCAUGAAGCGUGGCCCCUAACGAGUCCCCCCAUCCUUGCUGAUUAUGAAAGGUGCCGUCUAAGCCAGAGGACUAGCAACAGGGGCCAGUUGCUCCCACCGGACAGAAUCUUGGCUAGCGUUGUGUGCCCCCGUACAUUUCUAAUUUAAUGUGGCAGGCUCCUCUUUCUCCUCUCUCCCCUUCCCUCCCUGCCUCUCUCUCUGUGUAGGAGUGGCCAGAGUAACGUGGGCUGUUAGUCUCGGCGGCUGUGAUCUGCAUGUUAUUCCGAACCCAUCAGUUGCAGAGGUCGGGGGUAGGUCUAUCGAUGGGUGAAAACUCGGGACGAAUGCAAUCCAAGGGUGUUUUCGUAAUAAGAAAGUAGGAAAUCGGCGGCAUCGAGGCGACAAAAAGCGAAAUCAGGAGGCGUCGGCUUCUGCCACCGCUAUGGUUUCUCUGCAGAACCCCAUCAGGGUUCGUCCCCUCCCUUCUCAUUUUAGCUUUUUCGUUCCUUGGCUUUUCUUUCGCCGUUUAAAAUAUUCUGGAUCCGCAGAAAGGAAGCCCAGCGAGAGAGAGAGAGGAAUAGGAUUCAUGUUUGUACUGUGGCCGCAAUCCUCUGACUGUAGAAUAAUACAGUAAACAGUAAUCCACUAAUCGCGAGAAACCUACCCAACCCAAUCACGUAAGUCUUUCCAGAAUGGAGAAGAAACAGUGUAAGGGGGUUGAACACCAGACCGAAUAGAUAGAUAUCAUAUACAGCCUAACAGAGUACAAGCGAACAACACAGGCUUCCAGACCUUGUACAUGUAAAGAGAAAGAAAAUGAAGAAAAGCCAGGGAAACCAUAGGAACAUGUCAUCUCAAUGUUAGAAAACAUUGAAGCAGGAAGAGAACUCUCUCUCUCCCUCUCCCCCCCCGCCCCCUCUCUCUCACUCUUUAUAUAUAUACCGAUGAGUUAAUGUGACGAAAGGUGAGAUCAUCUUCCUUGCAAUCAGAUCUCCUUAAAUCCUCAUUGUGACAGAUUAUAAGCCCUUUAUCCGUCCGUCAGCUCCUCAUCCACCGUUGAUGUUGCUGUUACUUUGGCAGUUCUCUUCUGUCAUCUUGCCGAGGAUCAAGGAAUGUACGUCCUCCUUUCCCAAUCCAUGGGUCAUUAUUUUUUACGAAAAAUGGAAAAAAUAUCUAUGGAUUGAGAAGGGGGAUGCGGUGACUUCUAUAUUGAGUGAAGUUACGAUCUCAAAGGACUUCUAUAAGUGGUGAACAAGAUGAACAAGACGAAGAACAAGGAUAUAGAUGAGGAAAAGGAAGAAAAAUAUGAAUGAUGGGAAAGAAGAAUAUCUAGAAGCGGAGAAGGAUGGUAAUGAUGAACAAAUAUGUGUACGGAACUGAGGGAUGUUUAGUUGGAUCUAUGGACUGAGGCACCAACUACAAGGUCUCUUUCUUCUGAAAUUACGGCACGCUUGCCAGGAAGAGGAUGCUCAGGAUAGACCAGCGAAGAGGGGAGGCAGAAGAGACUACCCUUACUGAACCAUUGCCAUGAAGGAGCCGGCCGCGGCGGCUGCUGCUGCAGCGGCAGCCGCUGAUUGGUUCUCACCACCGCUGGAGGUGCCGUUGACAACGGGCCUCUGCUGGUACUGGAUCUUGUAAGCCAUCUUGCCCUUCUCGUCGUCCUCAUCAUCGUCAUCGUCCGCCUGCUCCACCCCAUCGCUGUCGGUCUCUUCCAGCUUGUCGGAAUCCUCCUCCGGUUCUCUCUGCGCCUGCUGGUCCAUCAGGUUCUUCAUAAUGUCUUCUGGCUUCAUAUGUGGGCACAGUAAUCAAUUAGAUCAACCGUUCCCCGAAGCGGGUCAACCGGAGGAAAAGAAUUGCAGUUCAAAUGACGGAAAAAAUUGUGUUUUAGAGCACAAAAUACCUUCUUCGCCGGUUCGUCGGCGCUGGUCCCUUCGUCAACAAAGCCAGAACGGCCGCUACCACUGAGGGAUGAAGAUCCGUUUCCCUCAGCUUCUCUACCAUUGUUCCUCUUGAGAUCCGAUUCCAUGUGGGAUCGCUGAGGGACUGGCUGAGAAGUGGGGAAAGACACCUCGUGCUGCUCUAUCUCAGCUCUGUGAAGAUCGCUCGAGCUGCUGCCGGCUCCGACGUUCUUCUUGCGGUAGAGGGCGUCCAGGUGGUGGAAGUACGGGCAAGUCUUAGCAUCCUCGGGACGCUUCUUCUUGCUGUCCUUUACCUUCUUGAAGUAUUUGUUGAUAUUCUCCCACUUCUCCUUGCACCGCUUGGCGCUCCUGUUGUACCCCAUCCGCCGCAUUCCCGCAGCGAUCUCCUCCCACAGAGGAGCCUUGGGCCCCGCUUCCUGGUACCUAGUUUCCAUUCCACUCCGCAGACUUAUGAGCGCGUGCACCUCCGACUUGGGCCACCUUGACGACGCCGGGUCUAUCACCUCUUGUGUCUCCUGCUGUAGCGCCACAUCCAAGGGCGGAGCUUGUGCACGGCCUAAUAAUUCGGAUGCCUGUUGAUGGACGGUCUGUAGUGGAGGGUGCGGCCUCUUAGCUGAUGACGAGGUUGGCACUGUUGCCACCAUAUUCACCGCUUGUUGCUGUGGCGCAGCAGGCGGAGCAACGGCCGUGGAAAUGGCCGGCGGCAAAGGUAUGGUGUGUCCCGUCAUCUUUUGCAGGAAGGCCAAUAUGGUGGCAUCCCUAGUUGCAGACAUGGUGCGCUCCUGAGUCAUCGCCUCGUGCUCGCGGGUUAGACGCGCCAUCUCCUGCCGCCGCCAUGCCUCCUCUCUGAUCAUCCUGUCUUGCUCGCGCUUCUCGAUCAUCUCCAGGAACUUCUCCUGCAACGCCUCUUGCCUCUCCAUCACCUGCCUCGUCAAGCCCUCGAAGAAAACCAUCAUCUUCCUCUUUCCCCUGCUACCACCGCCGCCGCCCUUGCGCUUGCGUUUCGCCUGUUCCCCGGGGAGACCCUCCUCCGUGUCUUGUCCGUCCGAGUCAGAAGCCGAGGAGUUAUCCGAGGAGAAGUCGGCAAGGGCCCCCACGCGGUCCGGGAUCAGGUAAGGUGACCCUCCGACGUGCGGAGGAAUGGCGUUCAAGGGAGACGGCUGCAGCCUAGCUGAGGAGUUGCCCAUGUCAACCGACGGUGGCAGAGGGUCAGGGGCACCGCCUCCCGCAGUGACGGCGGGUGUUUUCGUGCUGCCGUAGAGGGCUUCCAACUGCCUGAAGAAGCGGUAGCUCUUGCCAUCCUGGCGGCCAGCGCGGCCGUCCUUUGUGCGCUUGUAAUACUUCUGGACGUUCUCGAAUUUCUCCUUGCACUUCUUGGCGCUCCUCUUGUAUCCCAGUUGGGUCAAUUUCCUACACAGAAACAAGAGAACUUUCAUGACUUGCUGUCUUCAACUGUCAUCGAACGAGAGAUCGUUGAUGAAUCUGUGCCGAUAAUUAAUACUGUUCCUACGAAAACAGCCGUGGGGGAGGGCGGAUGACGCAGAAAUCAGAGGGAAUGAGGGACAAUAGUUGCAAAUUAUCCGGAUUCGGAGAAUGCAUGAGUUUCUGGGAAGAUGCGGCUAUUCGGUUCUUCAUUUUUCUUCAAAUGAAUUGCUACAUGGGUUGCCGAAUGGGGGAAUGGAAAAUAUUGGAGAAUUCGUUUGGCCUGGAGUCAUCCAAAGGAUCUCGGCGAUUCCCACCUAAUUGUAGUUAGCAGAAAUUCUCUAGGAUUGAAAAAUAAAGGACAAAAGAUGUUGGAGAAGGAUAGAGCUAAACUGGAAAUAGGUCCAUAGAUAUUUUUGUCAGACACAGAGAGCGAGAGAGAGAGAGAGAAAGAGAGAGAGAGAGAGAGAGAGAGGAGGGAGAGAGAGAGAGGGAGAGAGAGAGAGAGAGAGAGAGAGAGAGAGAGAGAGAGAGAGAGAGAGAGAGAGAGAGAGGGGGAGAGAGAGAGAGAGGAGAGAGAGAGAGAGAGAGAGAGAGAGAGAGAGAGAGAGAGGGAGAGAGAGAGAGAGAGAGAGAGAGGAGAGAGAGAGAGAGAGAGAGAGAGGGAGGGAGAGAGAGAGAGGGAGAGAGAGAGAGAGAGAGAGAGAAGGAGGGAGAGAGAGAGAGAGAGAGGGAGAGAGAGAGAGAGAUCUGGCUGUAUCGACGGCGGCGGAGGUCUAUCUUCCCGAGAGAGAGGUCACCAGAAAACCACGACAAUGGGAAGCAGCCACAAUGGCAUAUACAGAAGCACAAUCACCCUCCAUAGUCUCUGGAAAUAGACGCUAAUCUUUCUGCACUCAUCUGCGCCACAAUCUCAUCUCAUCCGUACUCUUUUCCUUGCGAUUGUUCUUUCCUUCUUUCGUCCACUAUUCCCUCUCUUCGCCGUCUCCUUUUUGGGCUGAAAUCCAGGAAGAUCCUUGUCUGAACACAGGCAGCUCACUCCCACACAGAAGGUACAUUUCCUUUCUUCCUCUGUAAGCCCCCACAGCACAACAGGCCGCUUAUCGCAAAGACUUACAGAAGUGGGUGAUCUCAGAAUGAGCGAAGAAGGAAGAGAGAGUGUGGGAGCAUUCUCAGAGGGUAGAAAGGAAGAGAAGAAGGAAAGCAGAAGAGGACGGGCACGACUGGAAUCCGCCACCGAAUUGCCAUCUGAGUCUGAAUUAGGGUAGCCGGAGGCCAUUCAUAGAGUGGUUUUUUACCUGGAGACCUCCUCCCAGAGAGGGCCUUUGAGCGUGGCAUCCCGGAAGGCACCAUCCAUCUCGGAGCGGAUCCUGAGAAGCGCCAGCGUCUCCUCCUGUGGCCAUCGGUUCCCUGGAACACCUCCCCUCUCCGUCUCCUCCCCCACAGCGGCCAUCGUCCCCUCAUCGGAGAAACCCUCCGGCGCCACCGGAGCAAGCUCGUCGAAAUUGCCCGUGCGAAGCGGCUGUCGGCUGGUGAUGGGGGAGGGCGCCUCAGCCAGCAUCGGCGACGGCGGCAGAGGCGGCUGCUGCUGACCGGCCUCCGCCUUCUGCUGUUGGUGCGGCUGCUGCGGAAUUCCAAGCACGUGAGCUCUGCUUCCCGUUCCGGCGGCCACGAAGGGGCUCAUUUCCAGGGGAACCCCAUACUGGGACCCUCCGUCCUGCAUAACUGCGAACUCCUCGUCCCCGUUCCUCUCUUCCUUUCUACUGCGGUCACUGCACCUUUAUCUCCCAGGCUAUAUUGUGUAUGUUUCUAGUCGGCAAGGGUGGUGACGGCUGCAGCGGCGCCAAAUCUCGUAUUCCUCUUCCUCCCUCCCCGAUCGGUAAGGAGAAGGACGGAGAGGGAGAAGGAGGUUGUCGAGUAUUGGUGCAAUUCGAGCCCAGGAAGGGAAUUUAAGAUGAAAAGGGUCUCGAAAUGACCCCCCGAAGGGGCGAGGAGACGGGAUGUGGAGAGGGACAGCGGGAAGGAGAAUGGUGAAGUUGGGAGAAGAAGGAAGAGGAAAUAAGAUGGGAAUUCGCAGGGAUUAAAAGGAUGCAUGAUUCAGCGCUGACAUACUGAAUCAAAAUCAUGCAAAUACACGCACCGGCGCACAUAUAUAAUUAAAUGUAAGGAAAGAAGAAGAGGAUGGAGGGAAGGAGGAAGAAAGGAUACGAAGACGGCGGGAGCUGGAAGGGAAGAGAGAGAGAGAGAGAGAGAGUACAGAAUAUGAGUGAUGGUGAUGAGGUGGGAGUGCUAGUAAUGGGGAGGGUGAAGAAAACGAGAUGCUGCGUUGUCGGGCGCUUACUUUGCUUGGUUGCCUAAUAAGAGUUGGGUUCUAAGACCUCCACCUCGACAUAGAGAGAGAGAGAGAGAGAGAGAGAGAGAGAGAGAGUAUGAGUUAUGACACUAGAAAAAUGCCGAAGUGAAAAAGAGGUAUGAAUGCACAGUUAUGCCUUUGGGGGGAUGGGGGGGGGGGAGGAGAGAGAGAGCUUCUCCCUAACAGUGCCGUGCAGCGCACAGCACAGCCUCACAUGGCUUCACCUGGGUUGCCGUGGGAGAUCGGAAUAUAUCCGCCGAUCAUGUAACAAAAUCUCUUUAACCUCUCCGGCCGGGCCCGCUGAGCAGGAAGGGCCGCCGCCCUCCCCGAAGCUUGCGGGUUGGCAGUUAAAAUAACGGCGGCGGUGGUAAAACUAGGCGUCAGCCAGAACGGAGGAUCUCGAAACCCACCUUUACAGACUCGGAAACUGUGGAUAAAAUAACGACGCCCGAUUAAUUGGUAAUAAAAUAAUACCGGUAAUAAAGAAAGUGGGCGGCGACACAUCGGAACAGCUGUAUCGGGCCCCACCGGGCGAGAGGGACCGGACGCGCCGGUCGAUCCCACGGAGGAGACGACCAGCUUACUACGGCCCCUCCCACCUAGCGACGUGAACUUGUCGGAUUCACACGUCAGCGCGCACGGUAGAUCGGGCGACCGAUCCCAUGAGGGCAUGGUUGGCUGUUUAAGGCGGCGCCGCGAUUCCCAAAUCUGGAAAACGUUUGGAAGCUUACGCGCUUAUUAACGGGCCGUCAGUCAUUAACGGAGGUUGUUAAGCGGGCCCACCCACCCCGCCUGAUGUAGGGGCGUGAUGCAAUCUCUCUUUCUUCCCGACGCCCACCGUCGCAGUCACCGUGAUGUACUGAGGGAUUCUGGUUCGUCGCCGUCGAUGACACCGAGAGAGAGAGAGAGAGAGAGGGAGUCAGUUAGAGGGCUUCCUGGGGACCACCGCCAUGUGCGGCAUUGUGGAUGAGAGAUGAGAGAGAAAACUACUGCCGCGAGAAGAGAUGAGCCGCCGGCGCCGGUGAGGGGCCGCCGCGGUGAAAUCACUGUCCCCACCUCAUUACUCCUCAUUCCAUCGUCUCCCUAAUGAAGGGCCCGUGGGGCACGGCCUUGGGGGACCAUGACAGGCUGGGGGCACAAUUGGGUCACGUGGCCAUAUUUGGGCCCGAAGGCCACCCAUUGCUUGCCCCCACCGCCCCUCCCUCCCCCCCCCGCUCCCCCUUCAACCUCAACCUCAACCUCACCACAUGUAAUCAAGUCGUCAAAUUUCGCAAUAAUAAGCGCGGUGAAACACCAAAGUUGCCCACGGGCCCGACGUGGGCAAUGGGGCGGAGCUUAAGGGUGGGGCUCCACCCUCCAGCGGGGCUGAUAAUGUCAGUGCUUAACUUGCCAAGGUGUUCUGGGUAAGUCCUUGCCGUCCUUUCCCCAUAGAACGGCGCAAGGGUGAGGCCUAUCUUUCUCUCUCUUUCCCUGUGCGGCACAUGGGUAAUUCUCACGCCCGCCGAAUGGUAGAGUCUGGACGCACGAACCAACAUGCCGCUCCUCCGCGGCAGCGCUUAAAGGACUUCAUUUGGAUUAAUUAAUCCCCUGAGGCUGCGUGGCCCUUUUCUUCUCGUCAAGGGAUGGAGAGAGAAAGAGAGAGACGGAGAGAGAAAGUAAGAGAGAGAGAGAGAGAGAGAGAGUUAUUACGGCCAACAGAAACCGCUGCCAUAUAGUAGAGAAGAAAUCUAGAUCAACUGAUCACCAGCUACAGACCAAGGUCUCAUAAUGGUUAUUCGACUGUAUUAUUUUACACCAAUUCCCAGUAAUCUCUCCAAUACCUGAUCCGAGCCGGCGACGAUCCGAGUCUCGUUGCAAGUCGGGCGGAGAAGUACAGAAUGUCGUCCGAGCUAGGGCAGAGAGCUGGGAGAGUCUGUCCGCCGUCUCCGGGGCAGAAGAACAUCAGCAAGACCAUCACGAGACUCCGACGACUGCCCAGGUCAGAGAAACUUUCCCGUCCAACCGCCGUGUCGGCGCCGCCUCUUGCGUCGUUUGUACAACCGUGGUUCCAGCGGCGUCGAGCGAGACUCGGACCGUGCGGGGUCCCUCUUCAUCGGUGGGAUGCACAUGUUGCCCGGCUAGGCGGUGUUCGUGCCCAUCUACCCUUCCCCCGCCAUCUCCCCCCAUGUUUGUCCAGCCGUAGUAGACUACGACGAGUAGUUAGGUGAAAGAGAAAUUGACAUGUCGGCACUGGACGUCGUAGAAGGACCGCCGCCCCCGAAGGCUCGCCGGCGCACCGCCGGAGACGGCUGCAGUGGGGACGGCGGGGCCAGGGUGUGAUGCCCUCUACCCAUCCUCUUCAUGUGUGGAUGUCUUUCUACCUCUUCGGCAUUAUAUUUAAAAUGUGGGACCGUCAUGAAAGCGUUGAAAACGAUGGAGCCGCCUCCUUGGGCGUCAAAUGGACUCGGGGAGCGACUGGAGAUCUGGUGAAGGGAAGAGACACGUAUCUUCACCUUCCCUUUCAUUCAUCAGUAGGCCGGCUCAGGCAUCCAACACAGGUGGACUCUCUGACGGAAGGUCCGACUUUAAACCAGACCGGAGACUGAAUGGGGCGACUAUUUGAGACCAUUUGUACAAUUAUGAGUUCAUUUUAAAUGCUCAUGAAAAAGAUGUAAAAACAUAGAGAUUAAGGGUGAGAUGUACCUUUGUGCUAUAAUUUAUCCACUUCUGAGGACAAGGAACAGUUGCAAAUUGGUCACAAAUGGUAUGUAAAACCAUUCUAAUAGUUAGACUCAAGUGCCCAGUGGCUAAAUUAUGGUUACUGAAGUGAUUGUGGCUAAAAAACAGUGUAUCAAUGACGAAACUUGUGUAAAAUACUAAAUUUAUUGUAAAUGCUCUAGAAAUAGUUGAACAACUUUAGAAAUCAAUGAUCUUGCAUUGCCUUACUUAUAUUAUCGGUUUUUCAUUUUAAAAACAAAGAGCUACCGCAAUAAAGGUCACAAAUAGUUACCAAAAUCAUUUUAAUAGUUAAACUCAAGUAUCCAGUUGCCAAAUCAUGAUCACUCAAGUUAUGGAAGCUUAGCUCUUCAUUUUAAGUGAGGAAAGUUUUAUACCAUAAUAAGUUUGAUGUAAAUCUGCUUGAAAAAAUUGUAAACAUUGAUAAAUGAGUGAUCAGGUUUAGCCUUUUUGUAUUAUCACUUUUAAAAGGAUUUAUGAAAAAACUUUUUGCAAACACUUACGAAACCAUUCUAAUAGUUGGGCUCAAGUGUCCAGUGGCUCUUGAGUUAGACAUAUGGCAUAGAAGACUUUGACAUGUUAGCACUCUAAUAAUUUAGAAACUACCUAUACUAAAUCCAUUUAGUAGCCCUCUCAAAAUAGAAAAUGAUGGUAAUUAUAUUUUUGAAAGAUACAUAAAAGACAAGACUCAAAACUACUUUAAUCAUAAAGAUCACAUUUAAACAACAAAACCUAUAGACUUGUUGCAGGUUGAUUUAUUCGAUUAUUCUUUGAUAUAUAGUCUUUUGAGAAAGUUUUUUUUUUGUAAUCAUUGAUGAUUUUUCUAAACUUACGUACAUAUAUAUUUUAGCUCACAAAAAUGAAACUUUAGGAUAUUCUAUAAAAUUCAAUAACUAUUUCAAAAUGAAUUGCCAUGCUGACGUGACUUAGUCGUUUUAUAUUAAAUCACGCAAAUAUAAAAUUUAUAAAACUAGAAAAUACGAAUUUUCAGAUAUUUAGAAGUAUUUAUGAAUAAAUAUAUCAAUUAUAAUUCCAUUAAAAUUCCAAAAAAUAGUGGUAAUUUUCCAGGUCGAUCACAGGGAUGUUAUGUAAUAUCUGAUAAUUAUUCAGAAUUUUCCUCUAAGAAUAACAUUUUCUAUGAAUUUUAUACUAAGAAAUGAAAAGGAAAUAUAUUUUAAAUUCACGAAAAAAAAAGGAAAUAAGGGUGCAGACGUCAAGAUGACGUCAGCGCCCGACAAACGUGAAUCGGGCGAAAACAGAGUUCCGCCUGGUGAUUCUUACGUAAGCGAUUACAGAUAAUUUAAUUAAUCAAAUUAAGAUCUGUGAAAGCCGGAAGAAUCGUAAUAGAACAAAGUAUAUUUUGGUAAAUUAAAAUCACAAAAAGUAUCACUAAAUGAAGCGUAAAGUAAGUUAAAAGCAGGAAAACAGAGUUCCGAUGUCGCGACAGCGAUGCGUCGGCGAUGCACCGGAAUUCUGAGUGUUCGGGAGGAUCAUUGUGUAGUGUCUACGGCCUCGAAGGCUCUCCUUGGACAAGGACGACGUGGGCAAUCUCUAGAUCUUCUCGCGAAGUCUAGAGAUUAAUGAAAUUGGUCGUCGAAUUGUCUCUAGCGGCUGUCACCCGGCGGAGCGGAAAAACGGCGACUUUGCAGCUCACCCGAUGGAGAGGAGCUGGAUGGAGGUGGGGUGCAUGUUAGGGAGCUUCAUCCUCAGGUCCACGCAGCAAGAGGAGGCUCUUCAUCGCAUCUGGUAUGCUCUUAGGAGGUGGCGACUCGUCUCUUGA